AAGAGGUGGGAUUCAAAAUAUUUCCUCCCUUGAGAUGGGCCACCCAAAAUAAUAGGGUAGGGAAACACUUACUUGGCCCAACUUUUAUUGAUGUUAGGAGGACUGAAUUCCAAGGGUUGAUCCAGAACAACAUUACCGGAUCCGGAUCCAGGUCCAGAUCCGGAUCCAUUUCAUUUUUCAAAAAUGGAAACUAAAACGUCUCCCACCUAUCCCACCCACUCCACCGCCCACCACCCCCUCCACCGCCACUCCCCACCCUGCCCAAUCCUUAUAAAGAUAGAAAGGAAAAAAAAAUCCCCCAUAAAAAUAUAAUGUCAUAUCCAUCUCCAGCAGCCGACCCGCAACCCGCGAAAAAACCCCAACCCCUUCCCUGGACCCCCCAAGAAACCCUCAACCUAAUCCAAGCCUACCAAGAGAAAUGGUAUUCUCUCAAACGCGGCCAACUCAAAGCCAGCCAAUGGGAAGAAGUCGCCGUAACCGUCGCCGCACGUUGCGGCCUCUUCGACGACUCUGCCGCCAAAACCGCCCUCCAGUGCCGUCACAAGAUGGAGAAGCUCCGUCGUCGUUACCGCUCUGAACGCCAAGGCGUCGCUUCGGCCUCCCUUUGGCCUUAUUACGAAGCCAUGGAAGCUCUCGAGCACGGGCCUUUGCCUAUCUCGGCUCGGCCGUUGACUUCCUUGGUUCCAAACAGAGGGAAGAACUUUUAUUCCGAAAAUGGACAUAAAGUAGGAAAUAUUUACGACAAUAACGACGACGUGGAUGAGGAGGACGAAGAGGAUGAUGAAGAAGAAAACCAGUUUAGUAAAAGCCGGAGUAUUAAUUAUAUUUUGCGGCGGCCCAGUGUUGUGAACCGGUUUUCAGGGUUCUUAAGUGGGGCGAGGAAACGGGUUAGACCGGAAGAGGGAGGGGAUGAAGACGUGGCAGUUGGGGAAGAGAAUAGGGGAGCGGAAUUAGCAGUGGAAAUAAAGAGAUUCGCGGAGAGGUUUAUGAGGGUGGAAAGGAAAAGGAUGGAAAUGAUGCAGGAGACGGAAAGGUUGAGAGUGGAAAUGGAAAAUAGAAGGAUUGAGAUGAUAUUGGAUUCACAGAGGAAAAUUGUGGAUGUGAUCGCGUCGAGUUUGGGUCGGAGCAGAGAGUGAAGGCGGAGGAAGAAUUGGAUUCUUGAAGAAACCUUUUAAGGUUCAAAUCAUUCAAUUCUUGUUCUAUGCAGCUUGUAUAGACUUACUUGGAUGGAACUAACAAAGUAUUAUUAUUAUUAUUAUUAUUAUUUAUGUGCAAUUAUUUAUCUUUCUCUGAAAUUUUUGUCCAAGGGAGAAGAAGAAGAUAUCAUGUUUUUUAAUUAUCCAUUGUUUGCUGUUGUUUAUGAAUCACUUACUAGCUAGUGUCUUGGUGUUGCUGUAAUAUGACUAAUACUAUGGCGUCCUUGGGGGAUGCUGUCCUGUGCGGGUUUGUUUCAAACAUGGGCAUGUCCAAUUUCUUCAAUUUUA